CGCAUCUGUAGAUUUAGAAGCGAAAUGGCAUCCGUGACAGAGCGUAGUUUUAAACAGAAGAUUCUGGAAGAAGAUCUGUGCUGUGGGAUCUGCCAGGAAACCUUCCGGAAACCCAAAGCACUACCCUGCCUGCAUACGUUCUGUCAGGAGUGCCUCACAGAGACCGCUAAUCUUGGCGAGCUUUGCUGCCCUCUCUGCCGCCGUGAGGUGCCGUUGGCCUCAGACGGCGUCGCAGGCCUGCCGGAUAAUUUCCAUCUUUCUGAGCUGUGUAAGAAAUUCUCCGAGCUACCGGCUGACCCGGAAGAAGACGCCGCCGCUCAGCACUGUGAGUACCACCCUACCAGGGAAAUUCGGCUCUUCUGUACGAGUUCAAAGUGCGGCGUGCCCAUCUGUGUACAGUGCUUUGAGGACUCUCAUGGCGAACACAAGGUUAUACCAGUAAAGCAGGCAGUCGAGAAGAGAAUGACGAGGGUCAAUCCUCUGCUGAAGGAGAAGAAGAGACAGAUAGAAGAACGUCGCGAGUACCUGAAGGAAAUCCGACGCCUUGAAGACCAGAUCACCGACGGCAAGCGCAAAAGCGAGGAGAACAUUCUGGAGUCGUACACGGAGAGGGCGAAGCUUCUCGCCGAAGACAAGGACAGGCUUCUCGACGACGUUCAGCAAAGCUACCAAGACAUCAUGAAGGACGUCAACGCUACGAAAGAAGCCGUGCUCCAGCAGCUGAAAGACCUGACCGACGUCGUUGAAGAAGUCGAGCAGACCAAAGAAAGACAAGCUAUCAAGUUCCUCCGCCAUGAGCCAGACGAACUGCGGGAGAAGCUGGAACAAGCUACAGUAGACCCCGUGUGGGCUCCGCUGGAAGUCACGGCCACCCUCUGUCGUCCGCGCAAAAUCAGGAAGGAGCAUCUGACAAACGGGGAGUUGGUGUCAGAAGUCUUCAGCGCGAAAACUCGCUGGCAGACUGUCGUCACGCUUCUGUCUCACGUGAAACUGAGAGCGUACACGGCGAUGGAAACUGCAUUCAACGACUUGAAGUCAAUGAAACCAUGACUCUUCUUGAG